AUGCGUGUUGCCAUCAUUGGAGCAGGGCCCGGAGGUCUGGUGACGUUGAAGUACCUCCUCCAGGCGAAUAAGGAUUUCCCCAUUGAACCCAUUGAGGCCAGGCUCUUUGAGACUAAAGAUGACAUUGGAGGCACAUUCCGCUAUCGCACCUAUCCAGAGGGCGAGAUGGUCUCUUCAAAGCAGUUGACCAUUUUCUCAGACUUCAGGAUCCCACCUGAACGCACUGAUUGCGGCGAUUUUCUCAAGCUCUAUCAAUACGUUGAAUACCUCAACAACUACUGCGACCAUUUCAACCUACGACCACACAUCGAGCUCAACACCACAGUGACGAAUGUACGACGUGCCAAAGAUGGCAAGGGCCAUAUCGUGGCCCUUUCUACUGCAGAUGGAAGCACUGAGGAAUGGGCUUGUGAUGCCGUUGCGGUGUGCUCAGGACUGCACGUAGAUGCUGUUGCACCCAACAUUCCCGGCAUUGAGAAAGUUCCGACGGUCCUUCACUCCUCCCAGUACAAAGGCCGGGACAUAUUCACCGAAGGUAGCAAUGUCGUAGUCCUAGGUGUAGGAGAAACGGCAAUGGACAUGGCAUAUUUUGCCGUGACUUCUCCUACCAAAUCAGUGACGCUUUGCCAUCGGAAUGGAUUCGUCCUGGCACCUAAGCAUGUGGAGCGCUUCGUUGUCAUGGGUAAGAGGGAAGCUGAAUACAACCCGUCUCCGAUUGACACCAAUUGGAACUGCCUCUUCGACACUGCUUAUGCGCAUCCGAAGCUGAGGAAUUCCCGCUGGCAAUGGGUAUUCUAUGAUUGGUGGACAAAGGGCGCCUGGAUACUCUUGAACAACACUCGGUAUGGGUACGGUCAGCAUGCGGGAAUCAAAAAGGGCUAUCACAUGUCCGAGAUUAUUUUUGUCAAGUCCACCAAAGUCCAGCCCUACUUCAACAGGCGCUACAUCAAGAAUAGCCGGAUAAAGCGAUUCAUGGAGAAGAUCAUCGACCUGCCCCAGAUUGACACCAAGGGCCGUACCGUCGAUUUCGCCCCAUUUCCGGAGUAUAUUGACGACGAAGGGGUCAUCCAUUUCGAGAAGAAUGACACGCAAGAAUCGAAGUACAUUGAGACGUUGAAGAUCAAGCCAGACGUUAUCAUCUUCGCAACUGGCUACCGUCACUUGACGUUCCCAUUUCUGAGUCCGGACUAUCCUCACUCCAACGAUGCCAAUGUUCGCGCAAUCUGGAAAGACGGUGACGAGACCGUGGGUUUCAUAGGCUUCGUUCGACCACAGAUCGGGGCAAUUCCACCUCUGGCCGAGUUCCAGGCACAGCUCUGGGUUCUGCGAAUCCUCAACCUUCUUCCCCCUGCAAACGUACGAUCACUGUCUCCAGCACUCAAUCCCGAUGCGGAAGAGUGGUACAGACUGAAGCCGCCACCUGAAGCCCGUAUCCACCAUGGCGUUGACCAUGAGUCGUACGCGUAUCAAGUAGCUCUCGACAUGGGGGCGGCACCAUCCGCUACCCAGAUGAUGAGACGUGGGUGGAAAGUGUUUGCAGUGUGGGCCUUUGGUGCGAACAUGAACACCAAAUUCCGAAUGAUAGGCCCGUGGAAGUGGGAAGGGGCCGAGGGAGUGAUGAAGGGAGAGUUGUGGGAGUUGAUCAAGCGACGACCAUUUGUCUGGGGCCAUAUCUUGCUCAAUGCCCUGCCCAUGUCGAUCUUUGGGCCGCUCAGUUUGUGCUAUUGGAUCUACUACACCUUUUUCAAUCCUGUCUUCAGCAGACUGGGCUUCUCGAGAUCGCGGAGAAGCGCCCGCAGCGACGGGUACAACCAGCUUGUGUAG